CCUUAUAGAACAUUCCUGACAGCGAAAGAGGCACGCAGUUUGCUGGUAAACUCUUCGCAAACAUGGAUCCCGCGGUAUCUGAGGAACAUUUGAAAAAAUGUCGCUGGAUCAAGGUUAAUUGGGCUUGGACCAAAAUCGGCAACAUAAACCUUGGAAUCUUCUUGAGGUUCAACCCAGUAGUGAGUAUUUUGUCGUCCCUUAUAAUAUGGGGCUUCGUUAUUUGGUGCAUUGUCGAGCCAGACGCGGCGAACUUAGAGAUGGGAAGAUGGAAGAUCUGGAUCACGGAGAAAUUCACUUGGAUGUACAUCGGAACUCAGGACAUUUGGGCUGUGAUCAUCAUUAUGCUGUACUUCUCUAAGUUCGCCAACAUGAAGCUGGGAAGAGAUGACGAAGAGCCCGAGUUCAGUGACGCAUCCUACUUUACAAUGUUGUUUGCGGCUGGUAUCGGAAUUGGCUUAUUCUUCUUUGGAGUUGCUGAGCCAAUAUAUCAUUAUGUCCCAGGGGUGGAUGGAAAUCGUUAUUACAAGAGGUACACAGACAACCAACAGGCACAAGAUGCGAUGAACCUGACGUUCUUUCACUGGGGAAUCCAUGGAUGGAUUGUGUAUGUGGUUGUCGGUCUGCUUUUGGCUUUCGUGUGCUACAGGCAAGGCCUCCCCAUGACCAUCCGCUCCUGCUUCUACCCACUGAUCGGAGACAAGGUAUACGGAUGGAUGGGCGAUGUCAUCGACAUCCUUUCCGUCGUGGGUACUAUGUUUGGUGUUUGUACAAGUCUGGGCUUAGGUGCCAUGCAACUUAACACUGGCAUCAAUCGUAUCAACGAAGACAUCGCAUUGUCAUCUAUCAACCAGAUCAUAAUAAUUUGGUGUGUCACUGCUUGCGCUACCGUGUCGGUGAUCACCGGUCUGAAGCUUGGAAUCAGGCGACUGAGUGAGCUCUGCUUCGCCAUCGGCAUGCUCCUCAUGCUUGUUGUCUUCUUUUACGAUGACACAUGGUACCUCCUGAACUUGUACGUGCAGAGUACCGGCUACUACUUUCAGUGGAUAAUACAGCUGGGCUUUCACACGGAUGCUUUCGCACAAAUGGGAAAUUCCCAGGAUAAGAGGGAAGUUGUCUCGUGGAUGAACGACUGGACCAUCUUCUACUGGGGAUGGUGGAUCGCCUGGAGUCCUUUCGUGGGAAUGUUUAUCGCCAAAAUCUCCCGAGGACGUACGAUCAAGCAGUUUAUCAAUGCUACCAUGACAGCGCCCAUCCUGUACUCAUUCUUGUGGCUGACGAUCUUCGGCGGAGCUGGAAUUAGGAUGGAACGAAGAGCUUUUCACGCGAACAUCAGCUGCACGUCCGCUCUGGGGGGUAAAGGGUCUACUGAAUCCGACAAUGGCCUCUUCCGUCUGUCCUGCCGCACAACUGAUGAGAUGUGGUUUGAUUUGAUGGAACAGUAUGGUGACAUUGGCCCAGUGUUGUCCAUAGUUUCUCUGGCUGGCAUCAUCCUUUAUUUCGUGACGAGUUCUGACAGUGGAUCUCUAGUUAUUGACUGUCUCUCUGCAAAUGGUGAUCCGGAUCCCCCAAUCAUUCAGCGUAUCUUCUGGGCUCUUACUGAGGGCGCUACAGCCACAGCCCUCCUGUACGCAGGGGGUACGAAAGCUCUAACAGCAUUGCAGACCGUUUCCAUAGCAGCCGGUGUCCCCUAUACCAUACUGCUGUGUUUCAUGUGCAUUGCCUUAUGGCGCGCUGUCCAAAUCGAAGGUGGAGCCCUGGAUCCCAAUGGCCCAGAAUUUUCUGUCGACCUUCUAGAGGUGUUCAGUAGCCCCACACUCGAGAUGAUCAAAAGCACCAUCAUCGCCAUAUUUUUUCCGUGGUUCCCAAUGGGGCGUGCUGCACACAGGCUGAACGACUGCAAGGGAAGUCCAGUGCCAUACAUGUUGUCCUUGGCUAUUCCGUUCUACUUGUGGGUCCUUGGCAUGGCCCUCGAACCAGCCGUCGAGGGGAUCAGUUACCUUGCCUGGGCAGUGUUAUUUGCAUUUUUCGCGUAUGGCUCUGGAAUCCGCCUGGGCAUACGAGAGAGGUAUGGAAUCAACGGCAACAUGGUGGAGGACUUCUUUGCUGUGAUGCUGUUGUACCCUUUUGCAGCUUACCAAAUGGAUUACCACAUGAGCAAUCCACCCAUGCAAUUGGGAGAAAAUGGCUUGGAAAAAUAUGGCCGCGAAAAAGGUGCUGCAUACGAGAACCAGGGAGCUGACGUUCCGUUAGAGAAAGUGGACACUGCUUUUUAAAGAAUUGCACAUUUUUCAUGUUUUUGUGUUUGAGAACAAUGAAUGACUUAUUGACUUUAGACUUACUUAGGUUUGCGUCGUAGAAAGUCCACAUAUGUGUUCUAAAACAGGAUUUAAUGCACAAUUAACUGCCAACGAUUUUGAGGUAUAACCUAAAUUUUUUUCUCGUGAAUGUAAAGAGCGAAUAUUUUUAUAAACGGCUACAAACUUGCCAAAGCAUGGGUUGUUACGUGUGGACAAGAGCUCCUCUUUCCACUCUUAUUCUUUGUCUUCGCGCUCCUUCGAGACUUUUCAUGCGAUUGUGGGACUAUCGUAACAAAUACUGAAGGGGUUUUUGAAGGAGUGUUGUAAGGAUACUGCAUUUUUAGCUUUUUCAAUCGUAACCGAGUUGGUAAGCGAGUGUGGGACAUUUGCCUUCUGGAACUAUGACUUUUAAAAUGGUCAAAAUAGUUUGAUUCAAACAAAAAAUGGUUCUGUGAAAGUUAAAUGGACCCUAAAAUGAGUGAUGCUCUUUAUUGUGAAUGAGUGUAAGCAAAUAUUAUGACCCAGUAGCGAUAUACAUUUUUUGUUUUGUUUUGUUUUUUUUUUCAGAGACUCUUCACAAUAUUUUUUCUGGUAUGAUGGUAGUUUUCGUGUAGAAACCAUGCUUAAUAAAAUGCUUUGUUAUGGCA